CAAUUGUAAAACGAAAUUUUCAAUUUAACGGCAAAUCAAUAUGGAAUGCGCCUGAGAGGGGAAAAUGCCACAGAGGAAUAUCAGCACCAUUGCGACGCAAUUGCUUUGAGAUCCCCUAAAGAGGCUUAUAUUUAUAGUAAGGAUAUAGGUGUUAACGGAGUGGAAUGCACCUGCAAACAACGCACAAAUUGAUGGAUAAGAAGCAUCACGAAAUCGCCAUGGAUAAAGGAGCAUCAUUUGCUUCCCGGGAUAUCCGGCAGUUCCAUGAUCUGAUCACCUGCGGCAUUUGCCGGGGCUAUAUGAUCGAUCCAACCACAGUGGAUACUUGCUAUCACACAUAUUGCCGCAGUUGCAUACUGAAGCACCUGCUCCGCAUGGUUUACUGUCCGGAUUGCAAGGCCAGCGGAGGCAAGGAGAUCAGUGAAACCAACCUCAGAUCGGAUGACACUCUGAGAUCGCUGAUCUUUAAGCUGGUGCCAGGUCUCUACCAAAGGGAGUGCAAGGAGCUGGAGGAGUUUGAGAAACAGCACGAGGAUCUGGUUGAUGAAAAUCCAGCGCCACGUGAACAGGAGUUUUUCACCGCCACGGAGCUUGUGAGCUUAUCCCUGGAAUACCAUCCCGCCAUGUUGGACCAGUGUGGUCCCGGCGAGGUGCCACCCAUUAUUUACCUGCAAUGCCCCGCUGGGCUGCGUGUGGAGCUACUAAAGAGAUUCCUCUGCUCCAAGUACAACAUUGAGGCGGAGAAUAAGCUGGUUGAGGUGGAGGUCACCUACGAGGACGAGGUGCUGCCCCCUCAUUUCACGCUAAUGGAUGUGGGAUAUUGCUAUAAUUGGAGUCGGCAAUCGCCGAUGGCCUUCUGCUACCGGAUUCUGCUCCAUGAGAGCGAGCGGACAAAAAACGAUGAGAAUAAUCUAUCCAGGAUUAACCAGGACAUUGAACCGGAGCAAUCGGAGCAGACAGUCGCCAGGAGUCGCUCCAAGGCGGCUAAAUCGGUGACUUUUGCCGAGGAUCUCGAGUCGGAAAUUCGUUCCAAGACCGGAGCAAGGAGCAAGACCUCACCAAAGGUAUCGCCGCCGGCGAAGAACAAACGCUUGGCUGCCACCUCAGUGACCACAUCGUUGGCCAAGCGGGAGCUGGAGCCAGAGCCGGUGAGCAGCUUCAAGAGUCUGCGGAGUAAUGACAUGCGCUACAGCGAUUAUGCCGUGUCCAAGGUGAAGAGUGAGCCGGGACAGGAGCAGGAUCAUCAUAACCCCACAAGGGAGCAGCCACUGGAGGCCAACACGAAUAUAGUGGUUAGCAUUCCACCCUCGCAGCUGGGCAAAUCCUAUGUGGAUGCUGAGGAUUUCGAGUUGAAGACGGCCAACCGAAAGGGAGCAGCUGGUGGCCACUUGCCCAAGCUCAAGAUUGAGCUGACGAGCAUGAGGAGCAAGCUGAGCAUGCCCAUGUCAGCGGGUCCUCGUUUGGAGGAUACCUCCUGCUCCUCCUCCUCGGCAGCCAGUCAACAGCUGGAUCUGGAGACAUAUGCCAAGAACAUAGGUCUAAAGCCCAUUGAUCAGCCCGCGUCCGUGCAGGUUUCCGAUAGCAAAUACAGUCCCAAUGCCUCGCCCAUGUCCUCCUGCUCCAGUUCCACGAACGGCUCCAGCUGUAGUCUAGGGACAGCGGAUGCCAGCACCUCCACUAGCGCCUCCAGUUCGCAUCGGAAGCGCAAGAAGAAGCACUCCAAGGAGCCGAAGGAUGCCAACGGUAAGCGGAAGAAGCUGCAUGCAGAGAUCUCCUCGCAGACGGAUGGCAAGAUGAAGGUGAAGAUCACCACCAAGCACAAGGUGGACCUAAAGCGUUCCCAUUCGCUGGCCAGUGCCAGUGAGUUGGCUCUUCAACAGCUGAAGCUGGACGAGAAGCUAAUGGCCACCACCACCACAUCGGAGGUACUGCUAAAUCGCACUUUGGGGGAGGAGGCACGCAGCAUCAGCAGCCUGGUAACGGGUGGAGCACCCACACCACCGCCUACGCCCACAGCGGAACCGGAAGCACUGGCAACCAGACCCAAGGAGCUGGCUCUGCCCACAUCGCCGCCCUUGCCGCCCAGCUUGUUUAAGGCUUUCACGCCCACGACGACGACGACGACUACAGCGGCAGCAGUUCCUUCUCCCCCAGCUUCUGCUCCCACGACAGCGGGUCAGGUGAAGCCAAAGACCACCACGAUUCCUCAGCCUGUCCAGCCCCAGUCUAUGCCCAACAAGAGCUUGUCCAAGCCACCACCGAGUAGCAACAACAACCGGAAGCCGGGAAGUGGACACUUUGUGGUGCCACAAGCUCCUAGUAAUAACCGUAAUCAAUAUCACAUGCAACGCUACCUAUCCACGCCGAGUUCCAUUGCCAGUGCGGCCAACAAGCAGCCGAAGAGGUCGCUCUCCCUGGACGAAUCCCAUCCGGCCAAGCAGGCACGCUUGAAUCACAACCAGGCCCAGGCCAUGGCCAUGUCCAGCUAUGCGGCCAAGUUCCAGAUGCAGCAGGGACUCGGCAAGACACCAGCGGCCUCGUAUCUGCCCAACCCGCAGCGCUUAUAUGGACCCGAGAUGGUGGGUAAGCCAGCUUCGAUGCCGCUGCUGUGUCCAGCCAGUCUGAGUCUCAGCCUGCCCAGCACAACGCUGAGCAGCGGCAACUCGGUGACCAUUACGGCCAGGCCAAGGACAACCACGGCGACUGGGAGCUAUGCCUUUCCCGAGGCCAACAGUAUGAGCCAUGUGCCCGCAUUGGAAAUAGUUCGAUUGCCAUCCAGCAAGCAGCAGCAGCAGGGCCAGAAGAUGACGACAAUGCCACCGCUGAUGGGACCACCAACGGCUCUGCCCAAGCAACAGGGACACAGCAGUGGGGCGGCCAAGAGGAGCAGCCAGUCGCCGCCAAUGCCAAUGCCGAUGCCGUUGCCGUUGCCGCUGCCUUUGCCGCUGCCAUUGCCAAUGACCACGAUACCAACGAUUGUCAAGUCACCGCCGCUGUCAGUUGCGCUUAGCGGGCAAAGGAGUAGUAACUCCCACUCCACCUCGAAUCCCGGCAAGAACAGCAACAAUGCGGCUUAUCGCACAUCGCCGCCUGCAUUAAUAAAUCUGCGCAACACCGCUCCAACCUCGUCGUUUCCAUCAAAGUCGAGCAGCAGCAGCAGCAGCAGCAGCAAGCCGGAGCAGGCCAAUUCAAAGAAAUCCCCGCCAGCCGUGGCUCCAGCCAAAGCCAAUGGCUUGGACAAGAGUUCGAAAACGAGUUUGCGUGAGUUUCGGCCAGCAUUGGGAGCACCCAAGGAUGCCGACAUACUUGAUUUAUCAGCGAACCCGGGCAGGAACAGCAGCAGCAAGGCGCCCACAUCGCCCAGGCCUGAGGCAGCAACGGUCAAUAGUAGCAACAGCCUAGAGGCAGCCCUCAACAAGAUCAAGCAAAACAUAUCCGCCAACAGCAAUGGAGGAGCAACCACUACCUCCUCCUCAAGCAGCAGCAGCAAUGGAACAGGCGAUGAUCUCCAGAAUCUGCAUAUGCUCUCGGAAUCAGCAACAGCCCGCGAGAAGAUUUCGAUAGCCAAGGCAGGCAACAACAACAAUAACAACAACAACAAUAAUAACAAUAGUAGUAACAACAACAACAACAAUAACAACAACAACAGCAGCAUUUUUGAGGGGAAACCCAAGAAUGCCAAUGCAGUGGUUAGGCCACAGAAUGCCUCCGUUAGAAGUAUACCCAAUCCCUCGGCAUUGGCUUUCCGAAAUCAGCCAGUGGUGGCCACCACUCCGGCAGCCACAACAUCGGCGACCAUCAGCAAACCCUUGACUGUGCGCGCCGAGGAGGCAAAACCCAAGAUGUCAACGGGUUUGCUCAGUCCCACUAGCAGCAGCAGCAGCAGCAGCAGUAGCAACACCUCCGGUGGAGGCAGUGCAGCCACCUCGCCACGGGCUUUGACCAAGAAGCCCACAACCAUCGAUCAAGUGGCUGCCAAUUUGAAUAUUCGGGCUGAGGCCAAGGCAGCUGCUCUGGCGGAGGAGGCGCCACCAGUUCCAAGCUGCCACGAGGCGGCCAAGUCGCCGGAGUUGGCCAAGACCACAACGACAGCGGCAGUGGCAGCAGCGGUAGCACCACCAGCACCAGCACCAGCACCAGCAGUAGCCAAGGAGCCCAAGGAGACGGCCAUUACAGUGUCGGCGGCCAGCACCCUGCUCCCGGAAUCACUGUCCAAGCCGCCCGUACAAAUCGCCGCCACCGACACCUUGGCACCGGUGGCAAGUUCCGCUUAGUCACAAGCAUUUCUUUGGCUGUGCGGAACGCAAAUGUAUCUUGUGGCGCCGCUGGAGAAUCUACAAAACACGGACAACAACAACGGCAAUUGAGGUGAUGCGGUGCAGUGCACCUGUAGAAAAAGCAGCAGCAGCAGCAGCUAAGCAAGAAGUGUUUCCAACCUCGCUCCCGAAGAAAAAAGUGCAAUUUAAGUAAUCAGUAAACAAGAAAAUAAGCCUUAGAACUAACCCGAAAUAGCCUCAUAUAGACAAGCAAUAUCUACAAUUGAUACAAGUAUACAACAACAGCUCUAGGGAAACAACAACAACUUCAAC